AUGGAUCCGGACUCUGAACUCUCGGCCGGCAAGGGCGGCUCCCCCAAACCGUCCUCCGGCAGCCGAGUGUCACUAGCCUGUCUGCCCUGUCGAACCCGGCACGUCCGCUGUGACGCAAAGAAGCCGCGGUGUGCUCGCUGCAUCGAGGAGGACAAGGAAUGCAGCUAUGCAAAGUCGAGACGCGGCGGUCUUGAUCGAGCUGCAUUAGCUGCUCGUCGAAACCAAGCCGCUCUGUCUGCCGCAAGGAACGGUGGCCAGCUCUCGCCCGCGGGGAGCAUCGAUGGAGGCUUCAGUGGUGAGGUGAUGCUGAGACGCACCGAGGCUCGGUCUCAUUCCGUGUCUCAACUCAACAACGUCCUGCCACCCAGCCUGAUUCCGCACCAGCCGGUCGUCGAUCCCAGCUUGUACACGCCUCCAGACGAUUCUUGGUCUACUUCCAGCGUUGUGUUGCCGUCGACGGACCUGCAAUCUGUCGACAUCACCAGGGAUGCCUUCAUCGACGUCUACUACAACUGCUUCCACCGUUAUCACCCUUGUGUACUUCCUCGCCGGUUCCUAGAGCGCUACUUACAAGAUCCGAUACGGCAAGAUGAGCUGCGGCCACUGGUGUACGUGAUGCGCUUCAUCGGCAGCGUCUAUCUAAGCAGCAACCAGCCAUCGCUGCGGCCCAAAUGCCUAGAGUUGGAAGAUCUCGCAGCCUCGGCCAUUGCUCAGAUGCCAACAACACCUGGCAACUUCUUCAUGGUUCAGUGUCACACCAUCUUCUCCGCCAGCAUGUACUGGCGCGGCAACACGGCCAAGUCGAGACACCACAUAGACACGGCGAUCCAGCUCGCACUCGACGCGGGAAUGCACCGCCGUGAAUUUGCCGCAGACCACGGAGAGGGAGAUGCCGUACUGGAGGAGUCCUGGCGGCGCACAUGGUGGCAGGUGUACAUUAUCGAUGCGUAUUACUCUGCCAUCAAGCGAAACGCCGGUUUUGCCACAUUUUCCGUCGAAGCCACGACAGACCUUCCAUGUGAGGAAGAACAGUACGAGGAAGGGAAUAUCCCGCAUCCAAAAACAUUGGACGACUUCAACUCCCGCGAGUUCAGCUCUGAAGACACCGUCUUCUCAUCCUUUGCCUAUCUAAUAGGCGCCGUUCGCGGCAUGGCAUCUGCAAUGUGCAGAGCCCUCUCGAUACCACCCAAUUCAUCAGAUACGGGAGGCCCGUCGCCCAGGGUCCUGGACUCUGUCGACUCCAUCAUCGAGGGAUGGCUGCUGCUGCUGCCAGAGUCCAAAAGAGACAUCUUUUCAGCGGACGGUCAAGUCGACGAGCUGAUAUUCCAAGCCAUGAUGGCUCUUCAUGCAACAACUGUAGGCCUUCACCGGCCAUUCUCCAACUGCGCCUUUGACGCCCUAGAAUGCAUCUCAAGCUGCUCAACUCCCCCGCCAGCAGGCACCCGCUCCGACAAUGCAGAGUUCCGCUCCGUCCACACCAUCAAGUGCAUCCGUGCCGCCGAGGCCCAAAUCGGCCUCCUCGCCCUGCCCACCAAGCCCUGCAGCCACACGCCCUUUGUCGUCUGCAUGCUGACCACAGGCACGCUCUCCCUGCUCGCCGCCUGCCGCUACACCCUCCGCGGCCAGAAGCUCGCCGUGGCACGCGACCAGAUCCGCAUGAGCAUCGGCUGCCACAAGGCCAUGGCCAACGUAUGGUCACAGGCCGGUAGCAAUCUGCACGAGGUUCAAGCCAUCGCCCGUGAGGUUCUGGGGCUGCCCAUGGGGAGCAUCAGCAGCAGCAACAGCAGCAUCAACGGUAACAACAGCAAGCAGCCCAGGACGCCCAUUCACCAGAUCCUGCCCAGUCCGGGCCCGCCGUCGAUUUCAGGGCCUGACCUUGACGGAUCAUGCAGCGCCGACUCGCUCAACUCAUUCUCGCUCGACAAUAUGCAGACGUACUGGGGCAUGGGCUCCAUACAGCCCGACAUGUCGUUUCCAUGGUGGGCAAGCAAUGAGCAGGUAUGA